AUGUCUUGUGAAGAGGGACAGGCUAAGCCCAAGAGUCCAAAGUUUGUCCUCGCCUGCGGCAUGCCAAGCACCUGCGCUUUGCUCCCACCUCCGCGGUCGAAGCAGCUGGCCAGAACACCAUCUACUUCGUCUGACAGAUGGCAGCAGUCGUCCUCCAUCAGCCUGCUGCAGGAGCCAGUGGAGCGACCGCUGAGCAGGUACUUGCACAAGGAGGAUAGCUAUUACAACCGAGUAGUUCCAGACUGGGACCUUCAAUUCAAGACGCUGGAGCAACAGUACCUUUAUGAAGGUGAUUUUUCACUCCUCAUCAAAGAGGUGACAGAAGAAGGUGCUGUCGUGCAGGACGUUACCACUGGAGUCUUCGGCUUCCUCCCAGAGGCGAACUUCGGUUCUGUUGGCACCGACUUGUUGCCCGGUGACGUGGUAAAUGGGGCCAAGUGCAUCUAUCUGGACAAUAGCAUUAUCCAAAGUCCGGAUCCUUCGGUUCUUCGACUCCAAACCGGAGUCGUGUUUGAGUGGGAUGAGGCUGCCGGCGAGGGCUACAUCGUUCCAUCCGAGGAGCAGGAUGCCUUCAAUAUGAUCCGAACCCUUCGCCGAGACAUUAGGUGGCACGACAGCCGGCGUCUCUUUCCUGGUCAGUUCGUGCAGUUCGAGACUGCGCUGCCUCAUGAGGUGCCUGUGAUUUCGGAAGAAAACCCUCGAGCGCCCUUGGCACUGCGCGUGCGGGGCCUCGAAGUCCGAUUUUCCCUGGAGGAUGCCUACGAGCUAAUUCCCGAAGGCGCUGCCGCAAAGCCGCGAUGUUCUUCCAAGCAAUUGAAGUUGGAAGGCGCAGCCGAACCGGUGCUGGAGGCGGACAAGGCCCCUUACAAGCUGCCGGAAAUCAGCGAAGCUGAUGACGACGGUGAUGGGCGAAGCCUGACCGACCUCAGAUUUGGAGAUGGCAAGGACGUCUCCCAAGCUCAAGCAACGGACAUCGUUGCCAAAAAGGAGAUGGCACCACAGCGUGACGCCUUCCCUGUGAGUCCUGCACGACCUGAGCUCGCAGCCAAGAAGAAGGUUCACCCGCUUCUCCAGCGCUUCGCAGAGGAAGAGCCCCUUCUGGCCGAGGCCGAGAGUCCAUCCUGGAUGUGGCAGCCGCACUUGGAAUACCUCAAGGAAGAGCGCUACGAUCCCAUCGUGCCUAUCCAGCUUCGCAAGAUGCCAGUGAAGCCAAAGCGAAUCCGAAUCCUCUCGCACGAGGUGGCGCUCGAGCGUGGAGACACCUGGCAGGAAGCUGCUCAGCGGCGUGGCUUGAAGCUCUGGGACAAACAGAAACCUCCAGGUCGGAAGCAACAGGAGUAUCUCUCGCAGAAGUUGCACCUCGAGCAGACCCGUGCAAAAGCGGAGAGGAUCAGGCGGAGGAAGUUGAAGCUGGCGGCUUUUGAGAAGCAGCAGAAGCGGCCAUGGCGAGCGUGA